AUGGGCAAGAAAAUACAGUACAUCGGCCGUUAUGUAAUGGACGGGGAAACCCUUGGCAAAGGAAAUUUCGCUCGGGUUGAGCUGGCCACGCAUGGCGUUACCGGAUGUAAGGUGGCCAUCAAGGUGAUCGAUACACGGAAAAUAAAGGAGGAUUAUGUUAAGCAGAAUCUUCAUCGUGAAGCUCGUAUUCUGGGCCAGCUGCGGCAUCCAAACAUCAUCCGUCUGUUCGAGACCCUUAAGGCCACAACGCUGUAUUGCCUGGUCACAGAAUAUGCAGGCGGGGGUGAAUUGCUGGCAUUUAUCAAGAUGCACCCCCAAACCCGUCUUCUGGAAGACAAGGCUCGCCCAUACGUUCGCCAGCUGGUAUCUGCGGUACAUUACCUGCACGAGAGAGGGGUGGCACACAGAGACCUCAAGAUGGAAAACAUCAUGUUGGACGAAAAGAAAUCUAACAUCAAGAUUGUGGAUUUUGGUUUGAGUAACACCUUUAGCCGUGAUGAGCUGAUGAAAACACACUGUGGGUCUCCCGAAUACGCUGCUCCAGAGCUGUUUACCGCUGGAAAAAAGUAUGGUCCCGAAAUCGACAUCUGGAGUCUCGGGAUCAUCAUGUACGCCAUGGUUGUGGGAAAGCUGCCCUUUACCACCCCUUACACUGACCAGUAUCGUCGUCAGAAGCUGUUACAACAGAUAGAGAAAGGCUUGGUCGACCAGCACGACCGUGAAAUGGCACAUCUUACGUCAGACUGCCAGGAUCUGAUUCGUAAGCUGAUUGAGCCAAGCCCUGAACUGCGUCUUCCACUUAUGGACAUUGAGAUCCACCCCUGGCUAACUCUCGAGGCCAAACUUCCGUUUUACCCCUUCCAGUGUCUGCCAAAGGACAAAGCUACAAAGUCACAGGUGGUGGAGGAACUGGCAAGUCUUUUAGACAUGGACAAAGCUCAGUUGGAGAAGACGGUGCAUGAAUGUCGUUGUGACGAGAUCUCAGCCAUGUUUAAUAUGAUGUUACAGCGCAAAAGGAUUGAGGGAGGUUUGUUUGACAUUGACCACACCCUAGAACAGAAAACAGAAAGCAGACCAAGAAGUCGGUCCCGUCAGCGAGCGAAAUCAGCUGGUAGAAACCCCAAAACGAAAGGAAGCAUGAAACAAAAAGCCUCUCAAGGGAAGACCUUAAAUGCGCAUAAUCCUACAAAUGAGCAAAAUGAUACUGAAGGUGAGAAGCAUGAUCAGUCCACGACCAGUGCCAGCUUCGACCUCCUCGCCUUAUGCAGCACCCCCUCCUGGCUGGGACCUGAGCGCCGGCGUUCCAGACGCAGAUCACGUGCCCCUCCAUCCAGCCCCACGCCGUAUGCAGAGGUUGGAGCAACCGGUACCUUGGCCAAUGCUGUGUCCGGAUUAGGUGCAGCAAUGGCCCAUGGACAGGAAAACUACAAACAUAAUCACCUGAACCUAGAAUCAACUAAUUCUUUAUCAUUAACUGUGCCCGAUAGACUUCCAGUGCCUCAUAAUACUGAAGUGAGUCACGAAGACUCGCACUUCUUUCGCAGACGUGGGAGUCGUCACAGCCGUGAAAACUCUCUGAAGGUUCCCAGUCGGGAAGGUUCAAUGAAGCGAAUACAUUACAGACAUUCGGACAAGAGGCCCAGUUCAUGUGGUCCUUCUGUGAGACGACGUGCCUCGAGCUUACGGAAAGCUAAUUCUGUGGACACAGAACCCGAGAUUGCUGUGUCCAUAUCUGUAACUGCUCCCUCACCCACUCCCAAUUCCCCCAAAAGCAUCCCAAAGACUGAAGAGCAGCGGCAGAGCCCCAUUCCGAGGCCUGUCCAGCUAGGACUAAAAGAGUGUUACACUGUUCAGCCCAAUACAAAAUUGACUGUGAAAUCUUCCAGUGUUGUCCCGCCGCAGAAUGGCCCACAGACUUCAGUGCAAAUUCAGCUUUCAGAUUACUCUAACCCCUGCUCAAUUACUGCUUUAGACUAUGAUCCAGAGUCUAAUUCCCGCGAAGCUUUAAUCAAGGCAGACUCGUCUACCAGCUCAAAACACAGGCAUAACAAUCCCAGCACAGGGAACGCUGUAGGAAAGAUCUUGCAAUCAGUGGUAAACCCAGUUUUAGCGGAGAGUGUUAGCAGCAUUAAACCCCCGGUUGACCAAGUUGUGCGACCAAAAGAGAUGCCGUUUGUUCUGAAGGAUUCCCCAUGCCUCUCCAGGAGAACUUGUGUGCCCCCUAUCGCAUGCGUGUCCCCGACAUACGACUUACCUGAUGACCCUCUCACCUCUCCUUACAGCUCCCGGCUUCACAGCAAUUUGAGCUCCAGCUCUUCUGACUCUUUGCUAGAAUCUAUGCAAAUAAAUAAGCUAGCAAGCCUGUGCGACAAGGACACACCCGAGAUCUCCACCUUGAGCACGGACCUCUUCUCACGGGCGGGCAGCGAAGAUCUAGCAAUGCUUAGCCCAUUGUCCCUCGAUGGCAGGGACUUCCCAGACGGAUCUUCUGCAUCAAAGGGUGAUAGCAAAUUGUUCUUAAAUGUUAAGGAUAGCCAAGACAGAGUGUGCAAUUCAGGGAAAUUUGCCACAAGAGGUAAUCCAGUGCUGGAGCCUGCAAGCUGUGCUAAGGUAUGCAAUAGUACUAUAACAACUCAAAACUUUUCUUUAUGCAAAAAUGAUAAUGCCAGUGUGCCAUGCGACCCAAGUCCCGCUGCAGGCCAGCACAAGAACAGUGUACAGCCAUCAGGGGAGAAAACUAGAUCCUCAGAAGCAAACAGCGGGCGAAACUCGCGGGGCUCCAACAGAUCCAGAAAUAGCCAUGCUGGUAAAGUCAUCAAACGCAACAGCAUGCAAUCGCUUCAGACUCCUUCAACUCCGACGAGGCCAUUAUUGCGAACUCCCAUUGCGCGAGUUGAGAGUUUCCAUAGUGAUGACUUCGAAGAGUAUCAGUCGGAUGAUACUCCUGUGUUAAGAACUCCCACCCCACAAACUCCAACAGUGUCAAAAUUACCCGGUCAAGGGCUUGUUAAAAAAUCAAAGGAAUCUGUACUAAGCAAAUUAUCUGGUCGCUGUGGCAAGGAUGCAAACCGUGUGAAAGGGCAAGAUACAUUAUUGAGAUGCUGGUUUGACAUAAAAUAUUCUCUUCGUUGUGGAUUGUAUUGUUUUAUUCGCUAUGAUCACCCUUGCAGAUUGGAGCAGGCAUCACAGAAAUCUUUGCUGGAAUCUGCUGGCAGUGAAUUUAGUGAGAGACAAGAUGGCAGCACCGAGAAACUUACCACCUCCAACAAAAUACAUCCUAAAGAAGAGGUAACAUCAGAAAAUCCGAAAGCCAGCGGUUCCAAGGGAACAAAGUCAGCCAAGAACAAGUCACAAAGUCACAUUGGUAACACAAUUACUACAGACAACUCCAAGCAAACGAAGCAAAAACAGAAUUCCACUCAGCAGAAAACCCAGCAGCUCAAUGCUCAGGAAAGUAAAAAGAAGCCUGCCUUAAAGUCAUCCCCUUGGAAAAGAAGCUUUGCUCAUUUUCUUCGGAAAACUAAACCUUGUCGAAACAUUAACAACAAAGAGGUCACGAAAGAUGGCGACUUAGUCAAUUGCCAACAGCAACAACAACAACAGCAACACUCUACCAAUAGCAAUGGCCAUGCUCAUAGUCCUGUGUCCAAAAGUGCUCCAGUUUGUCUGCAUGAUAACAGUGAGGUGGAGAGGGAGCUGGGCUGGCCUCUCUCCCUCCCUGCCCCUGUUCACAACAACAUCACAGAUGCCAUUGAAGUGACAUCCCCUGCAUCUUUCCACGAGCCCACAGGUACGACAGUUCGUCUCUUUGAUUUCACAAACAUUCAACCAAAUGUCGACUCCUCUCCGAAAGGGAAGAGCCGCUUUUUAAGCUGGCGAGGAUGUGGAGAGUGUGGGAGGAGUGACACAUCAUCAGAUGAGGGGAGUGACUGCGCAAUUCGGCUUGAACAGCUGAACACAAUUCAGAAACCAUCGAGUGGAGCAAACAGCAUUGGGGAAACAAGACAAUCUAACGUGCCAAGUGAAAAUGUCUGUUGUUGACAAGAAGCAGUGUCACAUACCUAUCUGUGGAAAUAACUGAGUCUGGAUGGACAUAACUGAGUCUGCUAUUGGGGGAUUCUGUUAUCCACACAGCUAUCUGUGGGUGAAAUCGGGGAUGUAUGUAUGUGGACGUAAAAAUCUGAUGUAAAAUCAGACUCAGUGUUCAUGGAUUGAUUGAUAACCACGGUGGAACAAAAGGGCCCAAGGCUGUCAGUCUUAACUUGUACAUAUUCACAGUCUUAUUUGCUUUGACCACCAAAAUAAAGAUACGGGUGCAAUUUUCCAUGUCUUACUACUACUACAACUACAUUGUACAUUGGGCACUGUUGGCUGGUGACCGUGGACUUUGCCCAGAGGAAUGCUCGGACUGGACCCGGGCACUUGACCAACACUGAUAAGGAAUCACUGUCAUAUCUUUGCUCAUCUCGUUGGCGGCCUUACAGAAUCACAAUGGACUUUUGCUGCAGUUGGUGUUAAUAUUGUGUCCGUGUAUCACCCAGUAAAGUGCUGUACAUAUUUCUUCAUGUGGCCACACUACUUCUUCAGUACCACGAUUGCCCUCUGCUGCUCGCAGCAGUUUUCUUUCAACUUCACAGACUUAUAAGAAGACUGAGUUAACCUGUACAGGAUCGUCUGCAUGUUUUUCAAGUUCAGUGUUGAACUUGAGUCCUGCUUGCGGAAAGUGUCUAUUUCAGCUUACACUGUUUGACUGUCUUUUAUAUAUAUUCAAAGAGUUUAAAUAAUGAGAUGCGUGUUAUUGUACAAUUUGGUUGUAUAUGAUCAUGACACAUGACACAGAGGUAAAAACAUUUGAUAGAGAAAGAUUUCACUCAAAUUCUUUCUUUCUUAACACUUCCACUUAAAAUUUCUAGAAGAAACUUUUUACAAUGAGCUCACUCAGUGAUAUCUGGUUUCUAUGGGGCUCUGUUUGAGGUUAUUGCUGUGGGUCUUGAAGAUGUGAUAUGUUGGGUACCCAUGGAGCAUGUAUGUUAAAUUGUUACUGUAUGUAGCCAAAGCUGUUCAGCAGAAGUCUGUUUUUAUACCAUUAUUACAUUGGAUGCAAACCCUUUAUGCACUUGCUUUGGAUCAUCAUAUCCCAGAUUAUAGAUAGAUUCUGCCAAGCCUUUGUUCAUGUUUUGAUUCUGAACAGGAGCCUCUAAGGCCACUGUUACAGACAAAAAAAAAGUCUGGUGAAGACCACGAAACCUGCAAUUAAUAUGGAAGUGAUUUUGGAAUAUGCAAGUUACAAGACAUUUUACAGUUAACAGAAAGGUUCCCUUGAUGAGAUUAUAUGGAACUGAUUGAUCACUCCCGUAAGCGCCUAUGCAAGUCUUGGGGAGAACUAAAGAGGUAGAAAGUGGCUUGUUUAAAAAGAAAACAAAGGCAAACCAGCUCAUAGGGUAGUGAAACCAUUUCCUCUGAAAAUAUUCCCAGAUUAGCAUAUUAAGAAACUUAUUACCAUUUCCUUUGAUAUCGCACUGUGCUUGGCAUUUUGUAUUCCCACCAUGUUACCAUAAAGAGAAUUCUCUUGCAUUCCAUGGUAUUCCCAAGCCUUUUGAGCAUUCCCACAUACCUCAAGGGUAUAGACCUCGUCUUUACUGUAGUGGUCCUUCAUGAGAGCAGUCAAUUAUCUCAGUAUUACAUUCUUUGUCCACUCCAGUUUCAUUUUGCCAAAAGACAAUUUUCAGCCUAGUGUUGGUGU